ACAGAAAGACAUGUCCCGCACUCACUCGGAGCACCUGUUUGCGCGCCGCACAGCUCGCCGAGAAUUCUACAUCUUACCGAGAUGUCAAACGCGGACAGAGUCGUGUUAGCUCUCGGUGGAGCGGGCGUAGUGGGAUCCGGCGUCGUGAAGGCGCUUCUUGAUAAAGGUUUCAAGGUUGCUGUUAUAUCCAGAGACAGCAACAGACUGGAGAAACUGAAGGCAUUCGUUUCACCGUCCACCAAAGACAGACUAAUCACUGUGGUUGGAAACGUAGGCUCGGAGGAGGGAGCAGAGGAAGCGAGGCAGGCUCUGCUGAAGGCGGCUGGGAAGGUGACUGACGUGGUGUCCUCCUUGGGCUUUAGCUGGUGGCAGGGGGGCCCCCCCCACACCCAGACUCUCAAGGAGUUGAACUGGGUCCUGGAGACACUUUUGUUAAGCACCUUUGUGUCCUGGAAGGCUUUCUUCCCACUGGUGAGAGACAACCCUAACGGCACCUACACCUUUAUUACAGGGGGCGCCGGAGAGCGGCUGCUGAUGCCGGGCACUGGAUUCCUGACACUGGGGGCAGCGAGUGCACUGGCGUUCUGCCAGGUGCUGCGGGAGGAGUACGCAGAGGUGCCCUGUAAACUCAUCCAGCUGAAGGUCAACAGCGGUGUGGCAGCACCUGAGCGCAUGGGCCCCGGAUACCUGAGCCACCUGGAGUUGGGGGAGGCUGUGGCUCGCGUGAUCCAGCAGAGAAGCGCGGCUCAUAGUGUCUUUACUAUCAAUUGCUCCGCUGAUCUCAGAAACAUCCCCUCAGAGGGCGGCAUGUGAACCCCCAAACCCACACUCUGCUACCCUGUAGAUGCCCCCCCAAACUCACUAGCACCAAACUCUAACACAAUCCCUGCCUAUUCAUUCUGAAAAUUAAUAUCCUAAGCAAAACCUUCAGGACGUUUGGGAAGACAAACCAUUAUAUGACCAUACAAAACUCCCAGUACAUUUUGUUAAUAUAUACCACUAUAUAACCGUGCAACACCCCCAGUACAUUUUAGAGUCAUAUACAACUACAUAACAUUUUGUUAAUAUAUACCACUAUAUCACUGUGCAACACCCCUGGUGCUUUUUUUGUAAUAUACACCACUACAGCACUGUGCAACAUCCCUGGUGCAUUUUGUUAAUAUAUACUUCUACAUCACUGUGCAACACCCCCAGUACAUUUUAUUAAUAUAUACCACUAUACAACACCCUCAAUACAUUUUGGUAAUGUAUGCCACUACACUGUGCAACACCCCCGGGGCAUUUUGUUAAUAUAUACCACUGUAUCACUAUGCAAUGCAUCCAGGACAUUUUGACAAUAUACCCCACUAUUUCACUGGGCAAAAUGCCACGUACAGUUUGUUAAUAUAUACCACUACAUCACUGUGCCACACCCCUGGUGCAUUUAGGCAAUAUAUACCACUACAUCACUGUGCAACACCCCCAGUACAUUUUGGUAAUAUAUACCACUAUACAACACCCCCAAUACAUUUUGGUAAUAUAUACCACUACAUUGUGCAACACCCCUUUGGCAUUUUGUUAAUAUAUACCACUGUAUCACUGUGCAACGCAUCCAGGACAUUUUGACAAUAUACUCCACUAUUGCACUGUGCAAAAUGCUCAGUACAGUUUGUUUGCCUAUACUGCUAUACAUAUACCACCAUGCAAUGACAUCCAACGCUUUUAAAAUAUACCAUUUACCACAGCAAAUUACCAUGACAACAUGCCAAAUUUUUACAAAACACAGAAUCCCUACCCUCAGCAGUGUUUUGUUAUGAGAAUGUCACUUCUACAGUACAUCCAUUAAUUCUGUUCAAGAACCAUAUUUAUAUAAAUAUAGAUACUUCGCACUCUACGGCUUGUUUUGGUCCCUGUGUUUUUGUCAAAAUCACAAGGGUAGUAAAUGAUUAGCAGUACCAUAGUGCAGAACAGAUGAGAAGACUUACUCUGGUGACUCAGGGGCAAGUAUCUCAAACCCUUAGUAGGUUUUGAGAUACUGGCCCCAGUGGCACCUAAGAAGCAGAAGUGUCUUAAUCAAGGCAAUAUGAACGCUGCCCCCAACCCCCCAAACUUGGCACAGUCACUGAAGUAGAGGCAUUCAGCCAAGAUUUGAUCAAAUGACACUUUACCACUGACCUCCUUGAUGGGAGAAAAGAGCCGUUAAUCGCCCCCCCGUCGAUGGGACGGAGUCAGUCUCCGAGAGGUUUAACCUCUCAGGGGUUGCUUUGUAGGAUUCCAUUGGGAUUAACCAAUCAGCAAUCAAUUGCAUGAAUGUAGAAACAUCCUUCCUUCCAUAAGCACUUCCUGUCCCAACCGCCAGGCAGCCACAACCACUGCCUUAUACAGCUCAUACCCAUUAUCUUCCUGUUUGGGCUUCAUACUGUCGUCUCUUACUAUCACCUCAUUUGCAUGUUUCAAUAAAUUGUGUUUGCAAGAAAAUG